AUGAGCUCCCCGGUGACGGCCGGUCCCAUCAAUGGACACUUGUCGCCGGAUGAUAUCAUGACAUCGACGGUGGUCGUGGAAACCGGUCGACACAGUACCGAUUCUCCCCAUACUCGCGAUAGCCCAAUGGCUCAGUCAUCGCUCUCAGAUACCGAAAUGACUGGACGCGAAACCUCGAAUCAAGUCGGGCCUGAUCAAGGCUAUUCUGACAGCGAUGAAUCGACCCAAGGCAACAAUUCCGAGGAUGCAGACUUUGAUAUGCAAGACAGCGUGGCCUCUCAACAAGAAUUACAGGAUGGCGAGCAAGACCGAGAGAGCUCUCCAGAUUCCAGUCGCCCCUCCAAACGGAAAGUGCCAGUAUCAGAACGUGACUAUAUCAAAGCAAACCCUGAGCUGUAUGGUCUUCGAAGAAGUAAUCGUGCUAGGGAAACCAGAAAAAUGGUUGACUCUGAUGACUCGAACUCGGACGAUGAUGAACCAAUUAAUCGUCGCCAAGUCAAGCGAAGGCGCGUUAACACGUCUCAACCUUCAUCCAAAAGAGGCACGCCUGUAUUACAACCUUCCACAAACGAGUCUGAUUCCGAUUCCGACACGUAUGGUGGCGCGCGAGCCAAAAGCCAGUUGAAGAAGGCGAGGCUACAACGAGAAGCGCAGCCAGGCCUCGCUCUUGCCGAAAAACGAUGGUCUAGCCGACGAGCCGCACAACAGGUCCAGCAGGGCAUGUACGAAGAAAGUGGCGUUGACGACGAAGAUGAAGCGGACUUGGGCUCCGCAUAUUACGUUGCCGACUACGUUGACGAUUCACCGUACGUCGAAAAAGUCGUCCGACACCGCCUGCGAGACGGACUGGAGCUUCAGUACGAUGCGAGCCGGCACGACUUUGAAUACUUCAUCAAGUGGCAGGGCAAAUCCCACUUGCACGAUACUUGGGAAACAAUCGAUUCUCUUCGCAACAUGCGCGGGUUUCGAAAAGUGGAAAAUUACUUCAGGAAGGUGGUCGAACAGGAACUCGAUAUCCGCUUCGGCGAAGACAUUCCGCCCGAAACAAAAGAGCAGUUUUUCCUCGAUCGAGAACGUGACGAGGAUGCUUUUGAAGACUUCACCCAGGUCGAAAGAGUCGUCAACGUUCGCGAGGGUGACGAGGAAACAGAGUACUACGUGAAGUGGAAAGGGUUGACGUACGAGGAGUGUACUUGGGAGCUUGCGUCAGAUAUCAGUCCCAAUUUUCAGGACAAAAUCGACCAAUAUCUGGACCGCUCCUCACGGUCUUGGCAGUCGGACAGACGCGAGACCAACCUAGAAACACGAAGCAGGAUGAUCAAACUGGAUCGCCAACCCGACUAUAUCCGAAAUGGCGAGCUUCGCUCGUUCCAAUUAAAGGGCCUCAACUUCUUGUGCUUGAACUGGACGCGAGGGAACAACGUCAUCUUGGCCGAUGAGAUGGGUCUCGGCAAGACGGUUCAGACGGUCUCGUUUCUAAGCUGGCUACGAAACGACCGGCGACAGGAGGGCCCAUCUCUCGUUGUCGCGCCUCUCAGUGUCAUUCCAGCCUGGUGCGAUACUUUUAACCACUGGGCACCUGACAUCAACUAUGUUGUGUACUUGGGACCAGAAGAUGCGCGCAAUAUCAUUCGUGACAAUGAGUUGAUAGUUGGUGGUAAUUCCAAAAAGCCCAAAUUCAAUGUUCUCGUAACAUCUUAUGAGUUCAUCCUGCAAGACUGGCAAUUCCUGCAAACCAUCAAGUGGCAGACUCUUGCUGUUGACGAGGCUCAUCGCUUGAAAAAUCGAGAGUCACAGUUGUACGCAAGACUUGUUGGGUUCGGCGUCCCCUGCAAAGUCCUCAUCACUGGUACGCCGAUUCAGAAUAACCUGGCAGAGUUGUCCGCUCUGCUGGAUUUCCUGAACCCCGGCAAAGUCAACAUCGACGAGGAUCUGGAUUCCUUGUCAGCUGUCGACGCUCAAGAAAAACUGGAAGAGCUUCACAAGUCGAUUGCGCCAUAUAUCUUGAGACGGACCAAGGAAACAGUGGAGUCUGAUCUACCCCCGAAGACCGAGAAAAUCAUUCGAGUCGAGUUGUCCGACGUGCAGCUGGAUUACUACAGGAAUAUCCUGACAAGGAAUUACUCGGCCUUGUGUGAUGCCACCGGUGGCCACAAGAAUUCUCUCCUCAACAUCAUGAUGGAACUGAAAAAAAUAAGCAACCAUCCUUACAUGUUCCCUGGUGCUGAGGAGCGGGUGCUGGCUGGCAGCGUUCGACGCGAGGAUCAGAUCAAGGGGCUGAUCACGAGCAGCGGGAAAAUGAUGCUCCUUGACCAGCUCCUGUCAAAGCUGAAAAAAGAUGGACAUCGAGUGCUGAUCUUUAGCCAAAUGGUAAAAAUGCUUGACAUCCUUGGUGAUUACCUCUCACUGCGGGGCUACAAGUUUCAACGUCUUGAUGGUACUAUUGCCGCCGGUCCUCGUCGUAUGGCCAUCAAUCACUUCAAUGCUGAGGAUAGCGAAGACUUUUGCUUCUUACUCUCUACUCGUGCUGGUGGCCUGGGCAUUAAUCUCAUGACCGCCGACACGGUCGUAAUUUUUGAUUCUGAUUGGAACCCCCAGGCUGAUCUACAGGCCAUGGCUCGGGCUCAUCGUAUCGGACAAAAACGACCAGUCAACAUAUACCGUCUCGUUUCCAAGGAGACGGUGGAGGAAGAGGUGUUGGAGCGGGCUCGAAAUAAGCUUCUGCUAGAGUAUCUGACUAUACAGGCUGGCGUCACCGAUGAUGGGAAGGCGGCGUUUCAAGAGAAGCUUAACAAGAAGGGUCUCAAAACUGACGGUCCUUCUUCAGCCGAAGACAUCCAAAUGGUUCUGAAAAUGAGAUCGUCAAAAAUGUUUGAACAGAGCGGUAAUCAGGAACGUCUUGAGCAGCUUGAUAUUGACUCCAUUCUCGAGAACGCUGAAGUCACAAAGACCAAGGUCGACGACAAGAUGAAUCUCAGCAGUGGGGGUAUCGACUGGGAUAAUUUUAUGCAAAUCACCGACGUCAAAGUCGACGACAUUAACCUGGACUGGGACCAGAUUAUUCCGGCCGACAAGUUGGCGGAAAUCAAAUCUGAUGAAGAACAACGGAAAAACGAGGAAUAUGUUGCCAAGCUAGCGGCCGAGAAUGCUCCUCGUCGAGCUACUAUGAAGAGUCGCAGCAAGGAAAAUGAUCGAGCGGAUCGGCUGAAGAAGCGGCAGCAGGAGCAGCAGCAGGAGGAAGAGGAACAAAGGGCUUUGCUUGCUGAUCCGAAGCGUCCGUUAAACGACAAGGAGCAAAGGAACCUCAUCAAGGCCUACUUCCGAUUCGGAUCCAUGGACGACCGCAAGGACGACAUCAUUCAGGAAGCGAAGCUUGCCGAGAGAGACCACGAGUUUGUAAAGUCCGUGUUGGACGACUUUAUCAAGUCUGCGCAGCAAGCUGUGGAUGAGAACAGCCAGAAAGUGGCAGAAGAGGAGAAAAAGACUGGCAAAAUCCUGACCAAGAAGGAUCGAAAAGCGGUCUUGAUAGACUUUGGCGAGCUAAAGAAGGUCAACGCUGAAACAGCGAUUGAGCGGCCCAAGCAACUGCAACUUCUCCGCAAUGCCAUUCGUGGACAGUCGGACUGGCGAGCCUUUCGUCUACCAGACGCCACCAAAGCCGCCAACUACACCUGCUCCUGGGGAGCAAAAGAAGAUGCAAUGCUCCUGGUCGGCAUUGACAAGCACGGGUUUGGAGCAUGGGUUCAAAUUCGGGACGACCCGGACCUUGACAUGCAAGAAAAGCUGUUUCUGGAAGAGCACAGGGUUGGCAAAAAGGAGGAGCGAAGCAAGGCCAACGACAAAUUGAAAGCCCCAGGCGCGGUGCAUCUUGUCCGUCGAUCGGAAUACUUGCUGUCGGUGUUGCAAUCCAAGUACUCGACUGAUCGCACAGCACAAAGAAUCGUGGAAAAUCACCACCGAAACAACAAAAAGACGACUGUGUCUAACGGCCACCGCGGUAGCGGAACUGCGUCGCCCGCCCCUCACACGGUUAAGAAGCACCGGGACAGAGAUCGUGACGACCACAGGCCUCGAAGCAAUGCAGCAGACGAGGGAGGCUCCUCGAGGGCUGAUUUCAAGCGAAAACAUGGAUCGUCAUAUCAAGAUGAUCAUAGCCCAAAGCACCGCCGAGCUGAAGACAAUCGCAGGUCAAGUAAGCAGGGCCUGGACCGCGAAAGAGACCGCGAUCGCGAUAGGACGGAGCAUCGCCGCCAUAAGGAUGACGAUGGUGGGCGGCAUGACAAACAUCGCUAUCGAUAUGACGACGACCGUCGUCGCGAGGACCGCCGCCGUGAUGAUGAUAGAUAUCGUGACCGCGACCGCGACCGCGACCGCGAUCGAGAUCGAGAUAGAGAUAGAGAGCGAGAGCGAGAUCGCGGUCGUGACCGGGACCGAGACAGAGACAGAGCUAGAGACCGAGAUCGUGAUUAUGGACGUGACAGAGACCAGGACCACCGAGAUUUCCGGCCACAAGAGGAGCGACGGGCCAAGGCUUUGCGCCGGCUGGAUGAGCUUCGCCGGAUUGGUGACAACAAGGACCAGCGCGACAGGGACAACGAAGCCAUGAUCUGGUACCUUCUCAAGCCAGUUCGGGAAAAUUUCGAGCGAAUCCUGUCCACAACCAAGGACAAGGUCAAGUCGAGCAAGGAGCGUGCGGCGAUUUUCGGCGCCGAGCUGGUUGCGAUUGGCACGUUCCUGGACGAAAGGCUGCCCGUCACGGCAGCAGAUGAGAGUCUAAAAAACAACUUUUGGGAUUUUCUAGCCGCUCUGUGGCCCGUUGAUGACACUAGCAAGAGCGUCACAGGCCAGCGACUGAGCAACAUGUACCGAACACUGCAUGCCAGACACAAGGAUUCAAGAUCAAGCUCUACUCGCACCGAUGGGGCCUAG